AUGCCAAAUGGAAGCUUGGAUAUGUGGUUGCACCCACAUGAAGUGGAAGAGAUCCGUAGGCCUUCAAGAACUUUGACACUUCUUGAAAGGCUUAGCAUAGCGAUUGAUGUGGCUUCUGUUUUGGACUAUCUUCAUGUUCAUUGCUACGAAGCUAUUGCUCAUUGUGAUCUUAAGCCAAGCAAUGUCCUUCUAGAUGAUGAUCUAACCGCCCAUGUUAGCGACUUUGGUCUGGCCUCGGAUCCUCCUCAAAUUCGACCAGGAUUACUUCCUCAACCAACUCAGCUCGGCUGGAGUCAAAGGAACCAUCGGCUAUGCCGCACCAGAAUUGGCUUCCCUAUUGCUGAGUGCUUGAAGAUGGUUUUGGAGGUGGGACUUAGGUGUUGUGAAGAAUCUCCAAUGAACCGGUUGGCAAUGAGUGAGGCUCUAAAAGAAUUAAUCUCGAUCAAAGAGAGGUUUUAUAGAGCACAAGGUUCCGUCUUCUCGGCUCCCUCUCUUCUUCCCGUCCGGCUCACGAGGUCGCUUUCGUCCACAUCCCGUUUAUCUCAUCUCCCCAUUUGUUCUUUGUUCUUUGUUCUUUGCCUCUCCUCACCCGUCGACGGUUACCCUGUCGCUCCACCACCAUCCUCCGCCAAUUUCGACGAUAUAUUAUUAGGGCUGAUUGCGGAGAUUAUAACGGCUCGCAUCCUAUGUCUAUGGGGCCACGGCGAUGGAAUAAGCUUCGUGCGACCUCUCCCACCGAAGGAUCUCAACGGAAACGGCUCCGUGUUUAAGGAAGGCUCGGUGGUCGACGCUUAUUACAAAGAUGGUUGGUGGACUGGUGUGGUUGUGAAAAGGAAGGAGGAGAAUGAUACAUAUCUGGUUUACUUGGAUUUUUCACUACGAGACAUCAUUCAGUUUGAGAGAAAGCAAGAAUUCAUCAAUUCGGUGUUUAGUCCUGGGACCAUGGUGGAAUUGAGAGAACUGGUCUCUGACUGGUGUCCGGCAAUGAUCAUAAAGGAGCUGGAGAAUGAGAAGAGCUUCAUUGUCAAAUACUGUGAACAUAAUGAGGAAUCAAGAAUCAAAACCGUUGAUUCAAGUAAAGUCAGGCCUAGGCAACCUCAUUCUUCUGUUGGAGAAUAUGAAUUGUUGGAUCAUGUAGAGGCGUUUAAUGGUUCUGUAUGGCGUCGAGAUGUGGUAAGAGGGAUUCUUACCCCUGAGGGACGAUACAUGGUAAGUUUCGGGGCAACAAAGUCAGCGUCGCAACUCAGUUACUCAGCUCUUAGGCCUCCAAUGGUGUGGAAGGAUGGGAUAUGGCAAAAAAUAUCAAAGCCAAAAUCCGGAAAAGAAAGUCCUUCAGGUGGUGGAAGAUAUUACACUCGCAAGAGAAAAAGAGGUGAAGUAGAACACAACUCAGACCUCAAUGAUACUGUGCUAUCAUCGGAUCGAACCCCCAUUGUGGUGAAGAAUUCUCCUGCUAACGUUGAGGAUACAACAAUGGUUCCUUUCGCGAAAAAGUCACCGAUUUGGAAGACUAUCGAGUCGAUAAGAUGCAAGGCGGUUGGGAUCAGCUCACGGAGGCUCAUCACGUCGUCACCGUCGUAUGGAUGCGAUGGAUCGAAACCUAUCUCGUAUCAUGGAAUCGUUGUCGCGGAUCGAAGGAAAUCGGAAUCCGGAGAACCGUCUCACCGGAAUCGCACGACAUCACCGACGGCGGAUGAUCGUGAGGUACGUGAUUCUGUUCCACCGGAUCCUGGAGAAUCACUAGGUUAUCGGAAAUGUAGCUCAGUUUUAGAGAACCGUAAUAACAUGUUGAAGCGAAUUGAGCUACCGGCGUUCGCCGGAACAGAUCCGUAUUUGUGGAUUUCGCAAGCAGAGAGGUUUUUCCGUCUGGGGAAAUAUAACGAUGAAGAUCGUUUGGAUCUGUUAUCCAUCACUCUUCAAGGACCGGCACUGCAUUGGUUCAACAGAGAGAUGCAGCGGGAACCGUUCCAGUGA